GGCAUAAACGCAUACAAGCUUAAUCGUUCUUGUAUUUUUCAUACUGUCUUUGCUGCUGCUUCUAAUUUGAUUCGUGCGCGGUGUUGACCGUUAUAAAAAUAAAAAAUAAACAAAUAUAAAAAUAUUUUUAAGAUUAUUAAUAAAAAGUAUAAAGCAAUUUAAGUAAAAUGUUUUCUGAAGUUAAACCACUUUCGAAAUAUUUGCAAUUCAGAUCAAUAAGAAUAUUUGAUCCGGCUUUUACAUUGCAUUCCAAUUUUACGGUAGUAAUAUUAUUAACGUGCUCCGUAUUAGUUUCGACUAAACAAUAUUUUGGUGAACCCAUGCAAUGCUUAACUGAGGAGGAAAAUACCAAUUUCAUAAAUUCCUUUUGCUGGACAAUGGGAACUUACAUACUUAACAUAACCUCACAAAUAUCAAGUGUAAGAGAUAUAUCAGUAGGUGUGGGUACUGAAUCUCAAAACACCAAGCGAAUAUAUUUGCGUUAUUACCAGUGGGUAGUAAUGGUUUACCUUCUAGAAGCGUUGUGUUUCUAUUUACCAUCGUUUCUUUGGAAUAUGUGGGAGGAAGAACGACUGAAGCAACUUUGUUCGGGAAUUUCUGGUAAAACAAUUUUGCCAAAAAAGGCUUACAGCGAACGUAUUAACACGCUUGUUAAGUAUUUCACAACUGAUCAUAAGGACAAACAUUUUUGCUAUAGUUCCAGAUAUAUAUUAUGUCACUGGUUAAACUUGUCCAUAAGCAUAAUAAAUAUGGUUAUAUUAGAUGUAUUUCUUAAUGGAUUCUGGGUGAGGUACUUAGAUGCAUUGUUGGCAAUUCCAUUUUAUGAUUGGAACAAAUGGAAUAGUGUCACAUCACUUGUUUUUCCAAAAGUUGCUAAGUGUGAACUGCUAAUAUUUGGGCCAGGUGGGUCUGUCAGGGUUGAAGAUAUGCUUUGUAUGCUCCAACUGAAUAUUCUAAAUGAAAAAAUAUUUGCAUUCUUAUGGUGUUGGUUUAUAUUCGUUGCAUUCAUUGGAGCUUGCAGUGUCCUUUACUAUUUAUUUUUGGUUUGUAGUAAGCGUUUUCGUUUACAACUGUUACGUACACGAACAAGACACAUGACCAAAAGUCAAGUAAUAAGUGUGUUGGCUGACUACUCAUUUGGAGAUUGGUUUAUGCUGUAUAAGGUGGGUUCUAAUGUUAAUCCGAUAUUGUUUCAAGAUUUUAUGCUGGAAUUGUAUAAGUGCAGCAAACAACGCCAGAUCGAAAAGAGAAAAGAAAAUGGGAUAGUUCUUUUUUUAUAAAGAAAUACUAAAUAACUAAUGAAUUAUUAA